AUGGCCACAAAAACCCGCCUCCAAACCUCCCUUGCUCGCGCCGUCGCCCGCGAAGCCCCCUCCGUCGGCCAAUGGCUCGAAUUCCCAGGCUACCAGCUCGCCAGAACGGUCGCAUCCCUAGGUGAAGACUGGGUCCUAAUAGACUGCGAGCACGGCGCCAUCUCCGACACCGACAUGCACCUGCAAGUGGCCGCCGUCGCCAGCGCAAACUGUUCACCCAUCGUGCGCAUCCCCGCCUCAGAACCCUGGAUGAUGAAGCGCGCGCUCGACGCCGGCGCCCACGGGAUCAUGGUCCCCAUGUGCGAGACCGCCGCGCAAGCGCGCUCCAUCGUCGCAGGGUGCAAGUACCCACCAACAGGGAUCCGCGGCGCAGGCGCCAUGUUCGCGCACAGCGCAUUCAACCAGAGCCCGCGGGAGUACCUGACGAGCGCGAACGAGAACAUCGUUGUGAUCGUGCAGAUUGAGAGUCGGACGGCUGUGGAGAACUGCGAGGAGAUUGCGGGGGUGGAGGGGGUCGAUAUGCUGUUUGUUGGGCCGAAUGAUUUGGCCAGUUCGAUGGGGCAUGUGGCCUUUGAGCACCCGCGUAUCCCGGAGGUUCAGGAGGCGAUCGCGCGGGUUUUGAGGGCAGCGAAGGACAAGGGGAAGUAUGCGGGGCAUUUUGCGUUGGGGGCGGAGGAGGCGGCCAGGAGGUGGAGGCAGGGGUUUGACUUUGUGAAUUGUGGUGCGGAUAUUGUGGCUGUUGGGGCUUGGAUGGGGGGUGAGAUGGAGAGGUUGAAGGGGCUGAUUGAGGAGACUAAAAUGCCCACCAACCGCGCCGCCGUCUGGGUCUCGCACCGCACCCUCGCCGUCCAAGAGCGCCCCAUCACACCCCCCGGACCCAACGACGUCCUCGUCCAAAUCAUCUCAACCGGAAUCUGCGGCUCGGACGCCCACAACUGGAACAACCCCAAUGUCUCAAAGCAGCUAAUUCUCGGCCACGAGUCCGCAGGCGUGAUCGUGGAAGUCGGCGCCGCGGUGAAAGACCGACAGGUCGGGCAGCGUGUUGCCGUUGAGCCGGGGUUUGCGUGUUCCACAUGCGAGUUCUGCCGCCGCGGCAACCAGAAUACCUGCGCGGAUCUCAAAUACUGCGGCCUCGAUCCCACGGACGGCACGCUGCAGCAGUACUUCACCUGCAAAGCACACAUGGCAGUGCCCAUUCCCGAAAGUGUCUCUUGGGAAGAAGCUGGCGCCAUCCAGCCUCUCGCGAUUGCGGUGCAGCUCGCCAGACGGGCGGCGCUGAGUGCCAGCAAGACGGUGGCUAUAUUUGGCUGCGGCCCCCUCGGCCUCCUCGUCAUCGCUAUCGCAAAAGCCUACGGCGUCCGCAACAUCCUAGUCUUCGACAUCGAGCAAUCCCGCCUCGACUUCGCGCUCUCCUACGGCGCAGACAUCGGGAUCCUCUCGCCGAAAAACACAGAGAACAUCGAGCCCCUGAAGUUUGCAACAGAGUUUACAUCCUCCGUGAAGCAAGAGCACAAUCUCAGCCACGGGGUCGACAUCUCCAUCGAAGCCAGCGGCGCCGAGUCAUCCGCGCAAAUGGCGCUUACGAUCCUCAAGCCGGGCGGCACGUGUAUCCAGGCUGGGCUGGGGAAGCAGCUUACGAGCGUUCCUCUUUUCUUGCUCACGGCGAAUGAGCUGACGCUUAAGGGGACGGUGCGGUUUACGCCGGGGUGCUAUGCUGAGGCGAUUGAUUUGGUGCAGAGCAAGAGGGUAGAUUUGAAGCCGUUGAUUACCGAGACGUUUCCGUUGACGAGGGUGCAGGAGGCGUUUCAGGCGCAGUUUGAGAGGAGGGGGAUCAAGAUUGUUAUUAUGAAUCAGGAGUAG